CUUGAUCGGAAGCCUCGCAGAUCUGGGCCCAGGAGGUCUCCUCUCACGUCGCCCUCCCCACUGAAGCAGGCGGGUUUGCUAUGGGACCCGCCGCACAGCUCGUUGGUCCCGAGUUACUCCCAUGGCCGAUCAGCCACCGAUGGAUCCGACAUAUGCCGCCGAGAAUAGGGCAUGGGUCGCCAUCAGCGUCGCGUCAGUAACACUGUUCCUGGCCACGCUGUCCGUCCUGCUGCGUGUCUAUACCCGCAUGGCCUUGAUCAAACAGUUUGGCAGGGACGACUUUGCGGCCGUUGUCACUAUGCUCAUUGCUCUUGGCUGCGGCGCCGCUGUGUUGACAAAUGUCAAGUACGGGCUUGGUCGCCACAUGGGGACGUUUGAUGCCUCAAACAUCCCUCUGUACUUCCGGUCGUUCUACGUUUCCAUCGUCCUGUACAACGCCACCUUGAUGUCGGUGAAGAUCACCUUUCUGCUCCAGUACCACCGCGUGUUCACGAUGCGGAAAAUGCGCAUCUUCGUCCUCGCGGCGCUCGGGCUCAUCGGGUGCUGGUCCGUGUCCCAGCUGCUCGUUUCCAUCUUCAACUGCACCCCCAUUUACAAGUUCUGGAUGCGGGAUUCUGACGGGACGUGCAUUCCCAACCUCCCAUUCUGGUACAUCAAUGCCGCCGGGAACAUCAUCACCGACGUCGUCAUCUUUGUGCUACCUCUUCCCGUCCUGGGCAGCCUGAAACUCCGGAGACCCCAGAAGCUUCUCCUCGUCGGCAUCUUCAGCCUUGGAUUCUUCACCUGCGCUAUCUCCGUCAUCCGAAUCCGGUACCUCCACACCAGCGACGACGCCACGUGGGACAACGUCGGCCUCUCGACCUGGUCCGUCACCCAGAUCUCCGCGGCCAUCAUCUGCGUGUGCCUGCCCACCCUCCGGCCGGUCGUGUCCAAGCUCGCGCCCACCCUCCUCUCCUCCCGCAGCCUCACAAACACUAAGGGCUACCAGCAGCACUCGUACGGCCGCGACCCGCCCAACUCGCGCUCGGGCCCCGGUUCCCACCACCGCCACCUCGAGAGCAGCUUCGGCAAGGACAGCUGCGCCAGCAACAGCAGCCGCCGCGGCGUCCUGUCCGCCGAGGAGCUGGAGCUGCGCCACAUGGACAGCGACCCGGACGGCCCGCAGGAGCUGCAGCACCAGAGCCAGCAGCAGCAGCAGCCGGACCGCAACGCCGUCGGUGUCGCGGUCGGGGGCGGCGGCGGCGAGCGCGGGUCGCGGACCGACCUCGGGCACGCGCGCCUGGGGUCCGCGUUUGACAACGACGAGCAGCUCGGCCUGAGGUCGUCGGUCAAGACCGAGGUCCGGGUCGCGCCACAGCCGACGUGGCAGAGGAUGGGGCCCAAUGGCAGGGGCAUCGGCAUCCAGAGGGACGUCAUCAUUGCGAAAUCUGGCUUUUAGGUAUGGGACUUUAUUUUGUACGAUACGUAUGGGGGGUGGCGAGAUGGAGGGACAAAAAAAAAAGCGGGAAAAGCGAUUGUUAGA